GCGAAGGGCAAGCUCUUACCGGGAGGUCGCCUCUUCUAGCGUCGAUAAAUUCCAAUAAUCCGUUGUUAUCGUAACCGUAGUGUUUUGUGUGUGUAGUGAUGUUGUAUUAUAUGUGGUUGUGAUUACUAAGAUAAUGUAAGACAAUCCAGACUGGAGAUUAAUAAGUACUUGUAAUUAUAUGAAAUAGACUAAGGGUUUUCUCAAAAUUAAUAUAAAGUUUUCUAAUUAAAAAGUUAAGUGAUAGACACUCGUGUAAUAUCUAGAUAAUAAUUGUAUUGUCUAACAACAGUUUAAGAUAGUAAUCAGAGUUGCAAGCUUUUAUGACAAACGAGAGGUAAUUUAGGAAAUCUGCUGUCGCCAUUACGGUAACAACUUUGGCGUCGCUCCAAAAGUCACAAAGUCACCUCCCACUUUAAUAAGAACGCUUGUGUCUGGCUGGAUUCCAACGUACGAGUACAAAGUUUACGCCAGAUGCCUCAAUAAACCGAUUUGAUAAGAAAAGACGCUAAAGUACAGACAUACUGUAGAUACUUAUAAAGGCUUGGAGAAGAUGACGUCACUGAAUGAAGGUAGAAGGUAACAAUUGUACCCGAAAAUGGAUAUAGAUCAUGUUAUACUGGAUAAAGAGGCUAUCAACAGAUUCGAACAGUAUACAUUGGCAAAGCCUUCGCUUAAUGGGGGAAUACCUUUGGAUAGAUGCCAGGAAACCGAGUCGGUGGCAUCUAAUAGCAGAAAGAGAACACAAACUUCGCGCCAGAAAGUUGUUUGUUGUUUUUGUUUUAAAACAACCAAGUAUAGAAGAAAACAAUUUAUUAUCGGUUCCCUUACAAAUAUCGUGAUAUUCUCUAUUUUAUUGGCAUAUACGUUUAUGGGAUCAUUCAUAUUUUUAGCUAUUGAAGGUGGGACAGAAAUGCCAGUUAGACCUCGUUUAUUGCCAGAUCGACACAAAAUAAAUCAUAAAGAGCAGAAUAAUACAAACAGAAAGAAUACGGAAGAUGAUUAUGAGUAUGGUAAUUUAACACUCUCAGCAAACUAUUUCUGGGAUGCUAGGAGUAAAGCAGUAGAAAAUAUCUGGGAGAUAACCGUAUCGUUGAAUAUUUUGUACCGAGAAAAUUGGACUAGAUUGGCUGCACAAGAGAUUUUAAAGUUUCAAAACGAGCUCGUACAGCGUGUUACAACUGAAAUGGCAACACAAUAUGGAGUAAGCUACAGAGAGAUGGCCCUGGGAGAAUUUAGCGGAGGUGACGUUAAUAAUCACUAUGAGGAACACGAAUGGAAUUUGGCGCUUGCAUUUUUUUAUUCACUGACGGUAUUGACAACAAUAGGCUAUGGAAAUAUUGCGCCAAGAACAAUUCUCGGAAAAGGCAUUACUAUACUUUAUGCUCUCAUCGGCAUACCCUUAACACUUGUAUACUUGUCAAGCGUCGGUUCUUUGUUAUCAAAAAUGGCUCGGAGUGUCUUCAGUCGUGCAUUGUGCUGCUGCCUUUGUUCAAAUUGUGGUUACUGCUGCUAUGAUGAAAGAAGAAUGGCUGAAAAGGAAAGACGAAUGAAACUUAAAAGACAACAAGAAGAAAUGCUUAAUAGUCAGAAUACAAGCAAGACACCGACAGAAGAAUGUUAUGUUUUGAAACCUGACAGCCAAAAAGAUUUAUCGAUAUCAGAAAGACCAACAACGAGUACUGCUAAAGAUGACAUUAUAAGUUGGCCAGACACAGACUCCAAAUUAUCCAUGCAUGGAUUAAGUAUACUAGCCCCAGUUUUACUUUGUCUGGCUGCAAUAUUUAUUUACAUUACUAUAGGAGCCAUAGUUCUUUAUAAGUUAGACAAUAUGAGUAUUAUAGAUGGAUUUUACUUUUGUUUUAUGGCAUUAAGUACCAUUGGAUUUGGAAAUAUAAUCCCUGGUAUGAGCUACACAACUAUAAGUGGUGUUAGAUAUUAUACAAUAAAUUCUGUAACUUUGUGGUUUUGUUCUGCGUAUACAUUGACAGGACUAGCAUUAACAGCUAUGUGUUUCGGUGUUAUACAUGAUGAAAUAAUUUAUAGAAUAAAGCAUCAACAAAAAGAAUGGUCGCAAAAAAGCAAUACAGUCAAUGACGAAGUAAAUUUAAACGAUCCAUUUUAUAUGAAUUCUUGACAAAUGUACAAUAAAGGUAAAACGGAAAAUUUGUACAGCAUUAUGGAGGAUAACUCUGUAGUAGAACGUAAUAGGAUAGAAAUUGACAAUAGGGAGGUAGUACUUAGUGUAGAUGAUAUGUCGACGGCAUUGGAUUCUAAUGCAGAGUUCCCUCCACCCCCUCCUGAAGAAGAAAUAGUAGCGAUUGUGACUAAGAAAGAGCCGAAGGGUUUUGGUAAUAUGGUAGCAUACAAUGCAUUACCAGAAAUGCUUGAACACGUCAACACAUAAACGAGAAGACUCAUUGAGUUUUCAGAUAUUUUUUAUCAGUUAUAAACUAUUUAUUUUAUGGGCUGUGAAUCGUUCAUUUUGUAUCUAUGUAACAAUAUCAUUGGAUUUCUCGAAUUUAAUUUUUAAUAAUUUUACGUGUGUAAUUGUAAAUUUUGUAAAUAUUGUAAUUAUUACAUCUUUAUAGGUAUCUAUUAUUAAUGAAAAUUGAAUGAUGUCUAACAUCUUUUAUCUAAAUCUUACUGUCAACUGUUAAUAUCAAAA